AUGGAAAAGCCUAGAGUCGAAAAGAAGGGACUGAAGAAAAAGAAGAAGUCUGUUCUGACUUCGGUUCGCUCACCUUCUCCUGUUCGGCCGACCAUUUCAAGCCAAGGGCCUGAUGAAGUGAAGCAAUAUUCUCUAUUUAACAUUUGGGGUGUGACAUUUGCAUUGAAGGCCCUACUUUUCUUUGGGUACCACUCUACAGACUUUGAUGUGCAUAGGAAUUGGUUAGCUAUAACCCAUAAUUUACCAGUCUCUAAGUGGUACGUCGAAGAUACUAGUCAGUGGACGUUGGACUAUCCACCGUUUUUCGCGUACUUUGAAUGGGCAUUGUCCCACUUGGUUCCAAAGUUUGUGGCUGAUGAUGGUUGCUUAGAUAUUGUAGAAGUCGGUCAGUAUGGUAAACCUACCAUUCUCUUCCAAAGAAUAUCAGUAAUUGCGAGUGAAUUGGUACUCUUCGCUGCGUUGCAGUGGUACAUGAAAUCCUCUGCCAAUACCUACACUUCUAGAAGUAGAGCCUAUGUAGUAGCGUCCAGUUUAGUACUAUCCCCUGGGUUGCUUAUUAUUGACCAUAUUCAUUUCCAAUAUAAUGGGAUGAUGUAUGGAAUAUUCAUAUUAAUGCUUACCUGUGCCCGGUUGGAGAAAUAUUUGAUGUGCGGUGCUUGGUUCUCUAUCUUACUUUGCUUCAAGCAUAUAUACCUUUACGUUGCCCCAGCGGUAUUCAUAUUUUUGUUGAGGGCAUAUUGUCUUAACUUGAAAUACGAUAAAUCUAAACCAUUCUUGACCAAUAUACUUAGUCUCGUCAAGUGGUGGAACUUGAUAAAAUUGGGGCUGGUUGUUUUGUCCAUCUUUGCAGUUGCAUUUGGACCAUUUGUUUACUAUCAAGUUAUUCCGCAAUUGGUAUCUAGAUUAUUCCCAUUUAGUAGAGGAUUGACCCAUGCAUACUGGGCACCCAAUUUUUGGGCAAUAUAUUCCUUCUUCGAUAGGUUGUUGAUUCACAUUUACAAACAAAUUCCGAUUAGUAGGCUGGUAUUGCUUAAAAUAUUCCAAUUUAACCCAGAGUUGUUGAAAAUGGACGAAUUGGUCAAUUCUACUACAAGAGGAAUCGUGGGCGAUAUUGAGUUUUUGAUUUUACCAGCUAUAUCACCUAAGUUAACCUUUUUAUUGACUUUGUUCUACCAAAUUAUGGCCUUAAUCCCAUUAUUUUUGCAACCAACGUACGGAAGAUUCAUUGGAUCCAUAACGUUGUGUGCAUACGCUUCAUUUUUGUUUGGGUGGCACGUUCAUGAAAAGGCAAUCUUAUUGGUUAUAUUCCCCGUAUCACUAAUUGUUAGUAGAGAUAAAAGAUUAUUGGGGCCCUUUAAUUUAUUGAUAAGUUGUGGUUACGUGUCGCUCUUCCCUUUGAUCUAUACUUCCAGUGAGUGGGUAGUUAAGGUUUUCUAUACUCUCUUGUGGUACAUAAUAUAUUACUUUAACUACAGGAAAGUUGUUAAAAUACCAAAGAAUACUACGGGUGAGUCAGGAGGGUUUAUUUUAGAGAGAGUUACCAACGGGUAUAUUCUAGGAUUAGGAUUUAUCAUCAUUUUGGUCAGUCUUAUUGACUUGUUUGAGAGUAAGUUCGAGCUCUUGCGGAGAUUAGAGUUCAUGAAGUUGAUGAUAAUGAGUGUUUACUGUGGAGUAGGGGUAAUCAGUAGUUGGAAUGGGUUCAGUUGGUUGUAUUUUGUAGACGAGUCGAUCUGGGAAUAG